CAACACAAUGCAGACUCCUCUACUCUUCCUCCUCUACAUUCCGUGGCCAAGAUUCUACCUGAAUAAUCCCAUAUUCUCUCCUCUCUCUUCUUUCUCUCUCUACCUUCUUUCUCUCACUGCCUCAUGCCUCCUUGUUGCCUAUCUUCUACCAGAAACACCAUCCUCUAUUUCCCAAGAUAUCUCUCUCCUUCAUUAGCCCAUGAAUACCAAACCCACCUCCCAAAGAGAGAGACAUUCAUUUUCAAGCCACACCUACCACUACCCAACUCAUCUCUUUCACUCCUAAGACUCAAAACCAAUAAACUCACACACCCUUUUGCAGCCUUAUCAUCUUUUGCUGAGGCUGAAGGUGAAGACAGACAAGAAAUCAAAGCCAAAAAACAUCAAAGAGAUGCGAAAACUGAAGAUGAAAACGUGCCCGGGAUGGCACAGGCCUUCCACAUAUCGUCUAGAACGGCCUCCGCUGUAUCGGUUUGCAUUGCAUUUGCUGCUCUUACACUUCCAUUCUUCAUGAAGUCUCUGGUUCAGGGAUUGGGAUUGAAGACUAAGUUGUUGUCCUAUGCAACACUUUUGUUUGGGUUUUACAUGGCUUGGAAUAUUGGAGCCAAUGAUGUUGCCAAUGCCAUGGGGACCUCCGUUGGGUCGGGGGCGUUAUCGCUCCGGCAGGCGGUGAUGAUGGCGGCGGUGUUGGAGUUCUCGGGGGCAUUGUUGUUGGGUACCCAUGUGACCAGUACGAUGCAGAAGGGAAUACUAGUUGCCAAUGUUUUCAAUGGGAAGGAUAAUCUGCUUUUUGCUGGUUUGCUUUCUUCUUUGGCAGCUGCUGGUACUUGGUUGCAGGUCGCAUCAUAUUAUGGUUGGCCUGUCUCCACUACUCACUGUAUUGUCGGAUCCAUGGUUGGAUUUGGUCUUGCCUAUGGAGGAACCGGAGCUGUCUUCUGGAGCACACUAGCAAGGGUGACUUUUUCGUGGGUGGUCUCGCCUGUAAUGGGCGCAGUGGUGUCAUUUCUUGUCUACAAAUGCAUCCGAAGGUUUGUAUACAGUGCUCCAAACCCAGGACAAGCAGCCGCUACAGCUGCGCCAAUUGCUGUUUUUGUGGGGGUUACUGCAAUCUCAUUUGCAGCCUUCCCUCUCAGCAAGAGCCCUCCUUUGGCUCUAGCCCAGGCUUUAGCCUGUGGUACUUGUGGAGCAAUCCUAGUCAACAGAAUCAUCCAGAGACAGCUUGGUCACCUACUUAUUAAGUUCAACUCAUCACAAUCACAGCCAAAAGACAAUCCCAUCAUCCCCAACAAAAGCAUCGGGCUUUUGACUGAUAUUGCAGGCCCUAAAGGUACCCAGCUUGAAAUAGUUUAUGGGGUGUUUGGCGACAUGCAAGUCCUGUCAGCCUGCUUCAUGUCAUUUGCGCAUGGUGGUAAUGAUGUUGCCAAUGCAAUUGGCCCUUUGGCUUCAGCGUUGUCGAUACUACAAGGUGGGACGAGCGGAGCCGAGGUAGUUAUUCCCAAUGAUGUUCUAGCAUGGGGAGGAUUUGGAAUUGUUGCAGGUCUAAUGAUGUGGGGGUAUAGAGUGAUUACAACAAUUGGGAAGAAGAUAACAGAAUUAACACCGACUAGAGGAUUUGCAGCCGAGUUUUCAGCAGCAUCUGUGGUUUUGUUUGCAUCAAAGCUUGGACUACCCAUCUCAGCAACCCAUACUCUGGUUGGUGCAGUCAUGGGGGUAGGAUUUGCUAGGGGACUUAACAGGGUUCGAGCAGAAACCGUGAGAGAGAUAGUGGCUUCUUGGGCUGUGACAAUACCGGUUGGUGCUGGCUUGGCUGUUUUCUACACAUGGAUCUUGACUAAGUUCUUGGCAUAUAUACUGUGAGUGUAUAUUCGAAAGACUAGGAUGGAAACGGUUUGAUGUAUAUAAUUAGUUAACAAUCACCAACAUUUUUUGAAGUGACUUGUCAAAUUACUAUAUAUCUAACGUUUAAUAUGAGCUCUAGCUUGAAACCACUA